AUGGUCACCUCGAAGAAGAUGCCCUUAAACUCCUACUCAAGCCCGACCUUGCUUCUACUUUCCUGUCUUAUCAUCCUCCUCGUUGCAUACCUCUUCACCAAGAACACAUACACUACUAGCUCCGUCAACAUGCCUCUCGUCACCGGCCAGUCCACCAACCCCUCCAACCCUACCGAGGAGUGGCAGAACAAGCUUGUCGGCAAGACCCUCCACGACCAGGAGUCGGGAGCCACAACAUUUUGCAAGAAAGACCUUCCAGAGGGAUGCCGCGUCAUCAAGCCAGGCACCAUGGUCACCAAGGACUUUAAGGAGGACCGCCUGAACGUGCACCUCGACGACGAAGGCAUCGUCACCCAUGUUCUGCACGGUUAA